CAGUGUGUCCUGGUUACAGGCAGUAAACUGAUCCCAGAGCAGGCGGUGCCGUGAACGCAGCACAAUGAGAGCCAGUGUGUGAGCAGAGCCGCUGCGUGUCGGACAUCUGAACCGCAUUCAGAUCAGAUCAGAUCAGAUCAGAUCAGACCCCAGACGGACUAUUCCAUUAAUAUUUGAUCAAUAUUCUAUCGGGUCUGCGUUUGACCAGAGACAGGGGGUCCGUAUGGAGAGGCAGGCGGUGAACCGGGCUAAGGAGGCCUUCCUGAGUGGGAGGACCCGGCCUCUGGAGUUCAGACUGCAGCAGCUUCAUGCUCUGCAGAGGAUGAUCACCGAGAAAGAGACUGAGAUCUGCACGUCUCUCAAACAGGACAUCAACAGGAGCCAGUACGACACACCGCUUCUGGAGCUGAUUGGUAUUGAGAAUGAAAUCUCACUGGCCAUAGAGAAGCUGACCCAGUGGGCAGCUCCUCGGCAGGUCGACAGGAACAUUCUCACUGUAUCAGACGAGGUGUACGUCCAGCCGGAGCCUCUGGGGGUGGUCCUCAUCAUCGGAGCCUGGAAUUACCCCUGGGCCGUCACCCUGCAGCCUCUGGUCGGAGCGAUCGCCGCUGGCAACGCAGCUGUGGUGAAGCCGUCCGAGCUCAGCGAGUACUCGUCCCUCCUCCUCCGAGCUCUGCUGCCGCGUUAUCUGGAUAAGGACCUGUACCCGGUGGUGACAGGUGGGGUGUCAGAAACCCAGGAGCUGCUCAGGCUCAGGUUUGACCACAUCUUCUACACAGGAAGCAGCACGGUGGGCAAAGUGGUGAUGGAAGCUGCAGCUCGCCACCUCACCCCAGUGACGCUGGAGCUGGGAGGGAAGAGCCCCUGCUACAUCGACAAGAACUGUGACAUCAGAAUCGCCUGCCGGCGCAUCACAUGGGGAAAGUUUGUCAACUGUGGUCAGACCUGUAUCGCUCCAGACUACAUCCUAUGUGAACCCUGCAUCCAAGGCCGCGUGGUAGAAUGUAUCCGACAGACUUUACUGGAAUUUUACGGGGCUGAUCCAAAAUGCUCACCUGACUACGGCAGAAUCAUCAACCAGCGCCACUUCAGCAGAAUUAUGAGUUUGAUGGAGGGGUACACCCCUGUGAUAGGAGGCCAGACUGACGCCUCACAGCGCUACAUUGCGCCCACGGUGCUGAAGGAUGUGCCGCCUCACUCCAGGCUGAUGCAGGAGGAGAUCUUCGGCCCUCUGCUGCCGAUAGUCGCUGUGAGCGACAUGGAUGAUGCCAUUCGCUUCGUUAACGAGAGAGAGAAACCUCUGGCUCUUUACAUCUUCUGCUCAGAUAAAAAGGCCACUAAAAAAAUGAUAGAAGAGACUACGAGUGGAGGGGUGACGGUCAAUGACGUUAUGAUGCAUUACACACUCAGCUCUCUGCCGUUCGGUGGUGUAGGUCAGAGUGGUAUGGGUUGUUACCAUGGCAAACACACCUUUGACCAGCUGAGCCACCAGAGGGCGUGCCUGAUCCGUUCUCUGGGCAUGGAGAGCGUCAACCUGUCCCGGUAUCCACCUCAGGACCGCCGGCGGGCGCGCAGGGCACGGAUGGCCCUCAAAUCGCCCAUGAUCGACCUGUCGAAGAGGACCUUCGUGUGGGCUGUCAGUGCCACUAUCAUCGCGUUCGGCCUGCUCGUCACCCUGCUGGUCAUCCUGCUCAUAGCUUCAGGCCUUAACUGCACCUGCUGGUACUGGAGAGGCUGGUACUACUAA